CGAAAAGAUAGCAACACGUGCAUAGAUUAAAAAAAAUACUACAUGAAAGCGGGCAGUUCUCAGUGAGGAGUUGCUAUAGAAGGUUGAAGGGGGAGGUGGGCAAACCAUCCAGGGAUGCUCUGGACGGCUAUGUGGAAUUUCAAUAUUCCACCUAAAAUAAAAAUUUUCUUUUGGCACGUUUGUAGCGGUUGUCUUCCUUCGCGGAUUAAUUUGCAGGUUCGAAGACUGCCGUGCUCGGGUCUAUGCGGACUUUGUGGAGCGGAGCCUGAGACGCUAGAGCAUUUGUUCAGGUUGUGUCCGGCUGCUGUUAACUUCUGGGCUGCGAUGUGAUGGCAAUGGAGCUAGGCGGGGGACUUGACUUUUUUGGAGCAGCUCAACGAGGAGUUCAAGAGGAGGAAGAUGAUGGAUCUGGAGCAAUUGAUCUGGGGUUGCUGGUCGUUAUGGAUAGAGAGGAACCAGAGGGUGGUAGGGGAUGACUUCUUCGGCGGAGCAGGCUGUUCACCGCGGCCGGGCACAGGUCGAAGGCUGGCAGCAGGCUCAAAGGGGAAGGCGUCUGCAGGCCAGUUUGCAGGGGAGGGCUAAUUGGAACAGACCAGAGCAGGGAAGAUAGAAACUAAAUGUGGACGCGGCGAUGAGGUCGGACCGGUGCGGACUAGGAUGGUGCUUGAGGAAUUCGGAAGGUCAGUUCGUGGCAGGGGCUUCAAAACCUUGCCCAGGAGUGCUGACAGCUUUGGGUGCCGAGCUUGUGAGCAUCCGGGAGGCGUUGAGCUGGUUGAAGGAAUAUGGAAUCACCUCGCCAGAAAUUGAAUCUGAUGCGGUUGGGGCAGUAACGGAGAUCCAAGAAGUGUCAAGUUGUUCUUUGGUGGGACUUCUAAGAGACGACAUUAGAGAUUUAACGGAUUCAUUUUCGUUCAUUUCAUUUUGUCAUGUGAGGAGAUCAGCGAAUAAGCCAGCUCAUUUGUUAGCUAGGGAGGCUUGUUCUUUGUCUGAUAUGCAGUUGUGGGUUGAUUUUCCUCCUGAUUUCAUUGUUUCGGCUUUCGCCAACGAUUUGAUUAAUAUUAAUUAAAAAAUUU